AUGCUAGACAUUUUGUUUUCGAAUGCUAAUGGCAGUGGUGAAACUUCACUGCAACAGCAGAGAGAUGACACCACAAUUGAGCAGACGCAGUGUUCAGAACAAGAGAAUGUUUGUGGAAGGCAAACAGAAACUGACUUGGAAACACAACAACAAGGUGCAAGAAAGAAACAAGUUAGGAGAAGGAGAACUAGACCAACAAACCACUCUAGCCAGGGACUAGAGGAUAUAGAUUCACUCCAACAAGAUUACAUCCCUGAUCACCUAAGUAGUGACAAUGGCUCAUCAGAUGAUGAAUUCAAAGGGAGAUACAAGGACUUUGUCCUAGAGAAAUUCCUCAAGGAUCCCAAAUUCGAGAUUGGGAUGAAGUUUGAGUCAAGAGCACAAUUCAAAUCUACUGUGACUGAGUAUGGGAUUAGGAUAGGUAAACCUGUUUGGACCUGUAAAAAUGAACCCACCAGAGUGAGGGCCAAGUGUACGGAGCAAUGUAAAUGGUUUGCAUUUGUUUCAACAGAGAAGGCUCUGAGCACAAAGGAUUUGGUAGUAAAGACUAUGCAUGAUAUCCAUGAAACAUGCAACCAUUCAUGGAAAAAUAAGAAUAUUACUACCAAGUGGCUAUCUGACAGGUAUGUAGAGAGGAUAAGAUCAAACAACAAUUUGCCAACGAGAGAGUUAAGGCAAAUAGUCCACGAAGACUACCAUACAGAAAUAUCUAAGCAUGUUGCAGCUAAGGCGAAGACAUUAGCUAUUGAGAAGAUCAAGGGGUCAGUUGAGUCACAAUACAAGAAAAUAUGGCAAUAUUGUGAAGAGAUUAAAAUGACUCAUCCUAGCAGUACAAUGGAGGUUAUGUUCACUCCAUUUAGAGAACCUGGAUGUAGAUAUCCAGGCCAACUAUUGAUAGCUAUUGCAGUGGACCCCAACAAUGGCUAUUGGCCAGUUGCAUGGGGACUGGAUAGAGCACUUGCAGAGGUUCUACCAAAUUCUGAACACAGAUACUGUGCACAACACAUGUAUAGAAAUUUCAAGAAGAAACAUUCAGGAUUAGGUUUAAAGGAUAGAUUGUGGAAUAUAGCAAACUGCAUAACAGUUGAACAUUUCAACAAAGCCAUGGAUGAGUUUGAAGAAUAUGAUAAAGAAGCACAUGCAUGGCCUAUUAAUGGAGACAUUCAAUGGGCACAGUCAAAUAUGCUGGAGUUGGACCCACCAGCAAGUGUUACUCAACCUGGCAGGCCAAAGAAAGCUAGAAAGAGAGAUGUUACAGAAGGAAAAGAUCAUGGCAAAAGGUUGCGAAGGAGGGUUGUAAUCCAUUGUACAAAGUGUGGAGGGAUUGGACAUAAUGCUGCGACUUGCAAGAAUCCUCCUAAGUCAUCUAGUGAACAACAAUCUUCUCAACAACCAGCACCUACUGAACAACCAUGUAAGCAAGAAUCAGGGACAAUGAAAUCAGCAAAAAACUCAGCAGCAACCAACACAUCAACUUCAGUCCCAGCAAUCCACCUCAAGGCCACCAAUUCAUAUGUACAAGACAAGUACAUCAAAAAGGCCACUGACAGAUGCAGACAAAGGGAAGAGGUGGAGGAAGAGAAAGAGGCAGGGAAAGGGGUGUAA